UACUAAGGUGUUUGUUUGUGAUUUUAUCAUAGUUUUUAUUAAAUAAAUACUGAAUUUUGACUUACAACGACAAUAGUGAAGUAUACUAUAAGUGGAAAUGGCUAAAGUGGAGCAACCCAUGUUUAUAUUGCCGAAAAAACGCAAUGGCAAAAAACAAAAUUCGAUAACAGGUCACGUAGACCACAUAAUUGCUGUUCAGGGAGCUGAGACUGAUUUGCCAACCAAAUACAAGAAUGGCCUUUCACCAGUCACAGAACAUGUUGUUAAUGGAAUCAUACACUCCACCAUGGAGGGACUCAAGUCCAACAUGAAAAUUAAUCUUCCCAUAAUAACUGAUGUCAAUGAUGAAGACAUCAAUGACUCGAAUUUAGAGGCUGAGCCACAGAAGUCACAGAGUUCACAGAAAAAUGGCUAUCAGGCCCUCUCGAUGAUGAAUAGCCGAGAGAUCAUUGACUUGUCUCCAAUUUAUGAGAACUCUUCAGAUGCAUGUUCAAGCCAUGAUGACCUCAGAGAUGAUGAUAUACAGAAAAGCUGCAAGUUUCUGAAUGAACACAAUGAGAGUUCCUCUGCUACUCCAAACAGCAUGUCUCAAACCCAAUCGGAAAAUAGCUUUGAAAUGGGUCCACUUACUGACAGUCUCAAAAAUAGUGCCAAGCGAAAAAAGCGAGUCAACAUUGUGCAAGAAAUAAUUGAGACUGAGAAUGAUACAGAGAUUACAGCUUUGCGGAUUGAGUCAGAAGGAUCUACACCAGACUGCUCUCUGACAGACUAUUCCAGAGAGUCCUACUUGACCAUGACAGGAACAAUAAAAAGAGGAAAGAAGAAAGGUCAAAAUGUUGAUGUGAAACUUAAUAUUUCUCGAGAAGAACUUGAAAUCAUUGAAGCAGCUAUUGUAGCAGAGGAGUACAACAAGAUGGACAUAUCUAAAUGCUCAGUAUACAAUGGUCCACACAUUUUUCUCUUCAGCCUCCUCUGCAUACCGUUUGUGGCUUGUGUGUCUGCACUGUAUUCAUUUCACAUGGGCACAAUGACUUGGUACAACAUCUUUUCACAUGUUACUGAAGAUCUGAAUUGGGUUAGGAAAGCAAUGUUGGCACCGAUAGUGAUAUUGUCUUAUCCAUUUUUGAUAGUGAUUUUUACUGUAGGACUUGGCUUGUAUGCAGGUAUUGUGCAGCUGACGUUUAGUGGAGCAAAUUGGUGGAAGGAUGUAUGUGAUUUUGAGAAAGGUUUUUAUGGGUGGCUCUGUAACACUUUGGGUAUGUCAGAGUGUAGCCCUUAUGAGGUUGUUAUACUUAUGGAUGUUAAGCCAUAAAUAAAAAGUUUAGGCCCUGUUCAGACUUUGAAUGCAGGAAUAUAUCGUCACUAUACUUACUCAACCUCAUAUCUGCAACAAUCAUUCGAUGGAAAUGUCGCUUUUCUUUCAUUCGGAAUAUGGGUCUUUUUGUCAUCAAAUGAGUGUUGCAGAUACGAGGUUGAGUAAGUAUAGCGGUGAUAUACUGCUUUCGUUUCAAGUAUGAAAACCAUUAUAUGUAUACCAACAAACUGCACUUGUUUGAGUAGGGCUAGAAAAAUAGUUAAAAGCUUUUUGUAUUGUACGGAUUGAGUGAUAUUGUAAGCUAUGUGUUAUACAUUGUGUAUUGUAAAAGUUGGUAAUAACUAUUUGAAUGCCAAUAGGAUUGUUCAGAAGCCAGUUUCUAAAGUUGUCUUAGGCUUCAAAAAUUUGAAUUUUGACUGUUCUAGUUUCAAUUUGGAAUUUUUGCAACUAUCCUAAAAAUUUGCUGAAAAGUAUAUACUGCCAUAAAUCUUAUAGUAUGUAAGUUGACUGAUAUAUUCUAGUUUUAAGUAAUAUUUACAAUAAUUAAUAAUUUUAUUUAUAUUAGCAGUAAUGACUGUUUAAAUUAUUAAAAUAUCAGUUAUUAGUUCACAAUUAUAAGUUAUAGGACCUUCUGCUACUCAAUUAUCUUCCAUUUUUAGAGAUACAUUUUCUAGUCAUAUUUUAUUAUUAAUGAGUAUUUUGUAUACAUAUAAUUUUAUGAAGUAGGUAUAUUAUGCAUGAAAUUGUGUAGGUAAUAUUUUUACAUAUCCAAUGAGAUAAGUUUAAGGUAAAUAAAGCAAGUGAAACAUUUAAAUCAUAUGCUUAGGAAAAUUUAUUGAUUUCUAUAAUGCUAUAGUUGUUUGCGAGAAGCAUUAUGUGAGUGAACAUAAAUUUUGUAUAUUUAACUUACAACAUAAUCAGCAUUGUAAUGAAGACUGAUGUAUUCUAGUCACUAUUGUGGUAUCCAUUUAUAUGCAAUAAAAUAUUUUACAAAACAA